UUCUCUACCUCACCACAUUUCAUAAGUUUCAUCUCCAACAAUUCAAAUCCUAUAUAUAGAUAUAUGUAAAAACGCUCUCUCUCAGGGUUUUCAGAUUUCCCUAUCGAUCUUCAUCACUUUGCUCUUACUCUCCUCUCUCUUGGUCUCACCAUGGGAACUCAAGCUGUCGAUGACUACUCCAAAAAUGUGGAUACCCGGACUGCAGAAGAGAAAGCAAUUGAUGCAUGGCUGCCCAUCACUUCUUCAAGAAACGCAAAAUGGUGGUACUCAGCUUUUCACAAUGUUACUGCCAUGGUUGGAGCUGGAGUCCUCAGUCUCCCAUACGCCAUGUCUGAACUUGGAUGGGGGCCUGGAGUAACAGUGAUGGUGAUAUCUUGGAUCAUUACUCUAUACACUUUGUGGCAAAUGGUUGAGAUGCAUGAAAUGGUUCCAGGGAAACGUUUCGAUAGGUAUCAUGAACUUGGACAGCAUGCUUUUGGUGAAAAGCUUGGCCUCUGGAUUGUAGUCCCUCAGCAGCUAAUUGUUGAAGUUGGAGUCGACAUAGUUUACAUGGUUACAGGAGGCAAAUCCCUCAAGAAGUUCCAUGAUUUGGUCUGUCCGGGUUGCAAAAGCAUCAAACUUACAUAUUUUAUCAUGAUCUUUGCUUCUGUCCACUUUGUACUCUCCCAUCUUCCCAACUUCAAUUCAAUCUCUGGUGUUUCUUUGGCAGCAGCAGUCAUGUCCUUGAGUUAUUCUACAAUUGCUUGGGGGGCAUCAGUCGACAAGGGAGUGCAACGGAACGUGCAGUAUGGCUAUAAAGCGACGACCACAGCUGGUACUGUUUUCAACUUCUUCAGUGCGUUGGGAGACGUGGCUUUUGCCUAUGCCGGUCACAAUGUUGUCCUCGAGAUUCAAGCCACAAUCCCUUCAACACCGGAGAAGCCAUCAAAGAUACCCAUGUGGAGGGGAGUGAUUGUUGCUUAUAUUGUUGUUGCACUCUGCUACUUCCCGGUGGCUUUCAUCGGAUACUGGAUGUUUGGCAAUUCUGUUGAAGACAAUAUUCUCAUGACAUUAAACAAGCCUGUGUGGCUCAUUGCCAUGGCCAACAUGUUUGUUGUGGUUCAUGUUAUUGGAAGCUACCAGAUUUAUGCGAUGCCAGUUUUUGACAUGAUAGAGACGGUCCUUGUGAAGAAACUAAGGUUCAGACCUACUUGGUACUUGCGGUUUAUCUCCAGGAAUAUCUACGUGGCAUUUACGAUGUUCGUCGGCAUGACGUUCCCUUUCUUUGGUGGACUUCUUGGAUUUUUCGGUGGAUUCGCAUUCGCACCAACUACAUACUUCCUUCCCUGCAUCAUGUGGCUUGCCAUCUACAAACCUAGGAGAUUCAGCCUGUCCUGGUUCACUAACUGGAUUUGCAUCGUUCUUGGAGUUCUGUUGAUGAUCAUAGCACCAAUUGGAGGGCUAAGACAAAUCAUACUUCAAGCUAAAUCCUACCAGUUCUACUCAUAAACAUCUCCCCAUCCGAGAUGCAAACUAGUUAUAGUUUUUACCUUUCAGACAAAAACAAGUAAACUUCUGAUUCCAUCCUUGAGAAUGGUCGACACCGGGGGGAAUCUGCUCGACUGUUCAGGCAUACUGAGAAGAUUUUUCAGCAUGAUGGGUUUGUCAAUUGUUUUACAAGGGAAGAUUCAGGCUAUGAAACCAAAGACAAAUUAAAAUGAUAGUGUUUCUAAAGCUGCUUCGAAUUAUCUAUCUGCAUUCGUUGUAUGUGUAUAAACAUGUUUACUCCUUGUUCGUAUUCGUUUCAUUUCGUGAAUGAGGGAAAAAAAAAGGAAUAUUAUGACUACCAAAAUUUUGUU